CUCCAGCCAGGUGUCGUGGAACGAAAACUGUGCCUUGUUCUUGUGAUCGGGUGAUGCCGCGGGGUCCUGUCCAGGGCUGCUGUUCUAGGGGGCUCUCUGGUCCCAUCACGCGUAUUCAUCUGGUUGUUGCAGUGACUAUUCACACUAGUAGUAGUACUAGUAGACUAAUGCGCACUGCACUGAGUACUCGUACUGUCCCUGGCGACGGACACAGCAGAAUCCAGAGAACUGGGAUCUCGUACUCGUAGAAUCACGGAGUCUUUCUUCCUUUGGUAACAAGUAACGUGAUGCUGGUGCAUCGUAGGGCAUAUCCACACCAAGACGCUCUACCAAGUACUGCAGUAUCAUGUCAUGAGGCAGAGCGAAGUCUGCUGUGAUUCCACCCGCAACAACACAUCCAUGUUGUUACCGGGGAGUGCUAGUACUCCCUAGCCCUGGGUGUAACCGUAGUCUGUAGCGAGGGUGCAAUCGCUGCUUCUGCUGGCACAUGCACUUGGAUGGUCACGACAGUUCGAACUCCUAAUCAGGCAACCGUGGCCCAUUUGCUGUCUGGUGUACUUCAAGCCCAGGUCAAUGGCAAUGUGAAUGUCGUGCAAUAUCUUCAAUAGCAGCUGAGUUCCAGAAUUAACCCUCGAUAUCGCUGAGUACUUGAAUAAAUUACUUGAGCAUCGAUUCGUGAUUCGCGGUGUGUAGCCCAGCAAUGCAGCAGUGAGACCGGGGCUAUCUCAUCACUGGGUCAACGCAACGCAACAAUUCUCCAGUGGUCCGCGAUGAGAUUCUGAGUCUACUAACGUUAGUACACUGGUGUGACACGCGGGCGCUCAGAGACUACAGUGUAGUGCAAGCUGGAAGCAGCUAGUGGCUUGCCUCUGCUUGUAUAAGCAGUAACAGUGGAAUGUGAACUGCCGUGAUUGUGUUUUAAAACAGUUAGCCCAGUCACGUAGCACUGACCGGCAGGAAUAUGGAGGCGAGAUCCGACCGUGGCAAAGCGGCUACAUGGUCCCGGAGUCGGAGGACUGCUGGUGAACCUGCAUCACAGGCAUCGCCAGCAGAAACGCGCAGCACUGCUAGCAGACAGUGCCAGGAUCGACUGCAGAGGAACAAGAUUGAGAGGAAACGCCAAGCGGAGAGAAACCGCCACCAAGCUGAGGGGAUCGGACCGCCAAACGACGAGCAUCCCGUGCGAGUGCGCAGACACGAUUGCACGUUCACGCGUGACAGUGGGGGUAAAAUAGUAGCACCGAGCCAGACAGUGCCACUUCCAGACGGCGAAACGCACGAGAUAGAAAUCCAACGUCAGGGAAGGCAUAAGCGACUCGCUAGCCAUGCAGCUCCACCAUGGGAAACCCCCUCUCCUGGUAUGGAUACAUGGAAAAAACCCUCUGCUGGUAUCAACAGAACUAACAAAAAGCAUGACAUUGAUGCUUUGCCUAUGUUCGCAAACUACGGUCGCCAGCCUCAAGCCGUGGAAUUUGACCUACAUGCUACUGAGCGAGCAGAGCGCGAAAAGAAUUGCGAGGAGUUGACAGCGUGGUUGGCAAAGAGAAAAGAACUGAAUCAUCAACUUGACACGUUUGCCAACACCGCAACGUUCAUUGAGUCCAAUCCUCCGGAGUACCGCACGCCGCUAGACGGACGUGUUCUGGAAAAUCUUCACAGAAGGAGGUCGUCAGCGACGAGGAGGCUACCAGCCGGGCAGCCGGACCGUGUUGAUACGAAGCUCCAGGCCCUUGAUGCCACGUGGGAAGAGAUGGAUGAAGAUGCGUUGGAGCAGGAGAGGAGGGGAAAGAAGAGACGCCAGGGCAGGGCCAUCCUGCGGAGCAUGGAAGCUAUCAACGAGCAGCUGUGUCGUCACAAGUACCGCAUCGUCGCGCUGUUCAAACGCAUGGACGAGCACCAGAAAGGGCGGCUGCACCGCAAUGACAUCAAGCGGCUGUUCGGCUUCCGGGCGUUCCGAGUGGAUCCGGAGGCCGUCGACUUGUUCCUGGACCAGCUCGACAAGGACGGUAGUGGCUGGAUACGCUACGGUGAGAUUGUGCCGUUGGACGACACGCCAUGGCAAGACAUUCCACUUGCCGAGCACUGGCCCGACUUCUUGAGCCCGUCAACACAUGCCCUGUUGAGUCCCAGUGACUUGCGCAACCCACGGCCGCUGUGGGGAAGCAGCCCGUCUUCAAAGCCCGGCUCCGGUGAGACUGUAUUUGGCAAACGUACCCUGCUACCCUCCAAGCAAGUGCCACUGUCAGUCAUCGAGGAAGCUAAACUCCAGGCAAGGGUGGAAGCAGCACCCAGGGCACCGGCGGAGGUCCAGCGGUUGCGCAACGCAUACCAGGAGCAAGUCAGGCAGGAGUACGAGAAGGUUGUCGAAGUGUGUCGGCACAACGGGCUCACGCUGAAUGAAGACCUACUGAAACUCUUGCUCGUUCCGUUUGGUGACAGGCCUGUGAUGGAAUGUAUCCAGUCGCUGAGACAACCUGGUGGCACGCAGGAUCUCUUGUCACGCGAUGCACUCAAGCAGAAGGUCAACGAUCACCUGCGCAGUUUGGGUUUGCUGACAACAAAGAAGGUGGUGCAGAAGCGCAAGGACGUCUUUGAUUCUCGUGAUGCAUACGACGACGAUCAUCAGAAACUGCCGCCAAAGUUAAUGAGGUUGUCCACUGGGAAAGCAGUUGUCGGACCAAAGGUUGACUGCUGGAUGACCUUAGAGGAAUAUACAAACUUUGCCAAUGGCAUGAAAACACGCUUCCGGAGGCCGGCUGAAAGCAAGGUGGACGCUACAGUGACGGACAAGAUGAGUCCGUUCUGGCCGGGAUUCAUGCUCGAUCGCCUUCGCUUGUGGAUGCCACUGAUCACCGACAAAGCCUCGGCCCAGUACCAUGAGCCACUUGCCAGUGGUGGAAAUUCCUAUACUGCAGGUUCGAUCUUCUCACGGACGCACCGCCAGCCGUCCGAUGUGAAAACAGGGGCAGAGUAUGUGGCCAAAGCGUCAUGGCCAGUCAACCGCGGUGGCCAUGUGCAGAUAGGCUCGGUUGAUGAUAAACUCAAGUCUUGCUACCUGUGAGGAGCGGGUGUGUAAGCACUUUUGACAUGUGCACAGAAGAGCACAAGGGGAGAAUCUUGUUGCACCUGCUCUAUGCUUAUUUCCCCAGUUUGCAAGUGUAAGCCAAUCAGCGAAUUGUUGACUCGUUUCUCAUGACCUCGCGCCGAGUGCAUUGACCUAGCCACACCCAGGACAUGCUAACAGAUGAUGUCAUUGUGUGCAUAUCGUCGGCCAUGCAGUCACCUUGCUCCCAAAAAGCAGAAUGUCCAUCCAGUGCAGUCCAGCAGAUCACCACAGUCCAAAUUGAGCAGUGACAGUUGAACAGGGACGAAGGUUACCAUGGUUACAUUACGACAGGGUUGGGCAGGACCACGCUGCACUUUGGUCAGCUAAAAACUAGCCGAUGCUGAGUCAGCGAAAUAUUAAUUGAGCCUAGUGAAAAUAUUCACGCUGGGUACGGAAUACCAGCAGUGAGCCUGUACGAGUACUGGAUACCAGCAGUGAGCCUGGUACAGAAUACCAUCAGUGAACUUGCUACAGGAUGCCAGCAGCACCCUUGUGGAAACAUGCUGGAUACAGGAUACCAACAGCAACGCACGCCUUCAUCAUAAUAAUUAUUAUUUCACUUGAAGUAAAUACGUGUAUUUCCACAAACAGAAGAAUAGGGAAGAGACAGCCCACAUACGAAUUGUUAUCAUGAAGCAGUCAUCCGGAGUCUGUCCAGCAAUUUUGAGAUCCUACUUGUCAGCAUAGAUUUUUGUGCAGUGUCGUGGAAAGUCCGUAUUAUAUGUGUCAUACUUCUCAGCAAGAAAAUUACAGAGUAUAAGAACCA